AUGCGUGUUUUCAAAGCAUGCUGUGGAUGCGGUAAUCCUGAACAAGAUUCACAACCAUACGAAACUGCGCGAUGUGCGCAAUCCACGUUCAUUCCACCUAUUGCUCUUCCGAAUAGUAGUCCAACCAAAACAGGGAGCCCUCUUCAUGAUGCGAAAGCAGAGGAUGUGGUGCUUACCGAAGCCGAUGAAGUUAAGACGAGAAGCGACAAAGACCGUAUUCGCGCAGCUCCUACUUCUAGCCUCCUAGUUUCAGUCGGCAGCACCGGACAAUUGUUCUCGAUUCUUGACGCACAAUCCUUCAAUCCACCUUUAUCCUCUACCAAGAUUGGCGAAAGUACACCAACGAAGUCUUUAAGUUGUUCAGCACUUGAAUCAGGCAAUAUGGAGCGGAACCGCAAGAGUGAGGAUGCUGCUCAGUCGCUUUUAACCGGCGAGAAGAAUAAAGGCAAGUUCCGGUCUCGGCUAGAUCGCCCGCUUCGCCGAAUGACAAUCUCCUCUCCUUUGGAUAGGGAGUUUUCAGAUAGUGAGUUUGAUCACACCAAGAUGGUAAUUCCUGACUAUGUUCCCUUAGCACGAAAUGAGAAUGACGGUGAGGAGCUAAGAAGAUCAGGUCGAUUUACGAUCGAAAAGGAUAGAGCAAGUUGUACAUUUGUCACAUGUCGAGAUGGUCCCGUAAGAAUGUCUUGCAUUUCCACAUCAACGGCAUACAGUCGAAGCAAUGGACAGGCUCAAAUUCUGGAAUUUGCCAAGGCCUUAGCCGAAAAUGAUCGUGCUUACGUGAAGAAGGUAGCAAAACGAAAUAAUAGCACUAUUGAUGUUGAAGUCCCGGAGAAUGACGCAGCUUCGAAAUAUGAAGAAGAUAUAUUUGCUCUUUCGCUAACGGAAGGGAAUGUCUCCAUUGGUGUGCCAUUGCAUAAGGAAAGCUUUGGUGAUGGAUAUCGCGUGCUCGAUGGUUCCGCCGAACCCCUGAGCCCAGAAGAAUCGUCCCAAUUCUAUGUAAGACCUCCUCCGAACACGCCUGUUGAUCCUGCACCUAAAGAAGAAUUGACGACACCGGCAACAGUAAAAAUUCGAGGCGACUCAGCGUAUUACUCUUCCGUCAACUCCGAUUUCUCUAAAACAAGGUGGAACAAGGAGAUAAAUAAGCAGACGAAAGGCUGGUUCAACUGUUACUCUAAUGCAAUGAAACUGAUGAUGUCCCGAGAUGAAUUGAAGCUGAAUUUUACCUCUUACGCGACAGGAUUUUUCCCAGGAUUUUCGUAA